AUGCAGAGCCUCACGAGGAUAUGUUUUGAGAAGGAGAGACCCGAUUGGGUCUUGAAUGAGCCUGUGGUAGAGAAGGAUUGGAGUUCAUGUCUUCAAACUUUCGAGGGGCAUAGCUCCCGGGUCAACUUGAUUGUCUGGUCGCAAGAUGGAAGCCGACUCGCAUCAGCGUCGGAUGAUAAGACUGUCAGGAUCUGGGAUCCGGCCACCGGCCAGUGCGUGUCAACCCUCGAGGGGCAUUGUGACUCGGUCUCCUCGAUUGCCUGGUCGCCAGAUGGAAGCCGACUCGCAUCAGCGUCCGAUGAUAAGACCAUUAGGAUCUGGGAUCCGGCCACCGACCAGUGCGUGUCAACCCUCGUGGGGCACAGUAGAUCGGUCACCGCGAUUGCCUGGUCGCAAGAUGGAAGCCGACUCGCAUCAGCGUCCUGGGAUGAGAUAGUCAAGAUCUGGGAUCCGGCCACUGGCCACUGCGCAUCAACCCUUAAGGGGCAUAGUGACUGGGUGUCAUCGAUUGCCUGGUCGCAAGAUGGAAGCCGGCUCGCAUCAGCGUCGGAUGAUAAGACUGUCAGGAUCUGGGAUCCAACCACCGACCAGUGCGUGUCAACCCUCGAGGGGCAUUGUGACUCGGUCUCCUCGAUUGCCUGGUCGCAAGACCGGAGCCGACUCGCAUUGCUUUCUGAUGGUGAGACAGUCGGGUUCUGGGAUCUGGCGGCUGACCAAUACUCGUCAACCGUCGAGGGGCAUAGUAAAUCGGUCACCGCGGUUGCCUGGUCGCAAGGUGGAAGCCGACUGGCAUCAGGGUCCGAUGAUAAGACGGUCAGGAUCUGGGAUCCGGCUAUCGACCAGUGCGGGUCUAGCCUCCACCUCAGUACCUCUGAUUUUCUCCCAUUUGGUAUCCCAUUUGAUUUCCCAUUUGAUGAAAUCAAUCAUCAACAAACUUCGCUUAGCACAUUUGAUAUACGUUCCACUUUUCCUUUCACGUACAUUCCUCGAUACCCCGGCUUAUCGCCAGAACAAUAUGGGUAUGGCUUGAAUAAUGACCAUUCCUGGAUAACAUAUGAUGGAGCCAACCUCCUUUGGCUGCCCACUGAAUAUCGACCAUCAGUCCCCGCUCUCUUUGCCAUAUCUUCCACAACUUUGGCAAUUGGUUGCUCGUCAGGUCGUGUCAUAUUUCUCGCGCUCCCAGAACAUAUUUCCAUCGCUACCAUUUGA